AUGCAACAACCCCCACUCCCGCCUCCGCCUCUGCCUGCUGCGAACCCUAAGCCGCGCCUCCGCCCGCAUCCGCAGCCGUCGAGUGCCGCAUGGCGCCCUUCCAAACGCCAUCGCAGCUCGCAAUCGCACUCACGACCGUCGUCCGACUCUUCCAGGAACAGUCGCGCCUUCAGCUCGGCUACGAAGCAGGCCCUGCAGGAGCUCUACGGCGCGCUGUGCUGGCACUGCGACAGCGGCAAGCCCGACGUGGCCCACAUCUUCGCCGUCGACGAUGACACGUUCGACGACUACAAAGAGCUCGGCCUGCUGAACCUCGAGUCGCACCACAGUCGCGACAACGGCAUCCUCCUGUGCGGCACCUGCCAUCGCCAUUACGACCUCACAUGGAAACCCGUCCUCCUCAUCGUUCCCACCCACCUCGAUUUCUUCCGCGAAGCCGAAAUACGCUGGCAGACACUAUAUCGCGAGAGCGCCGGUCCCCGCAUCGUCCCGACGGCAGAGGCAUACCACGGGUACUCGUUCCCGCCGCAGCAAGCUGGGCACGACGGUCCUGAGUACGGCGGUCUGUUUUCGACAUAUGCAGACUCCGACUUCAUUGGCCCAGCCACAUACCACGGUGAUGGAUACUUUGCACCCAGGCAGUGGCAUGGAGAUCCCAUGGCUAUCAUCUACCGGGCAAUACGGGCUGCCGAGAGGCUGAUCCGGCCUCGGGGCUUGCCGUUGGCUGUGAGAAGGCGCAUCCUGGAGCUUCGCGACUUGUAUGAGCAGGGGAACAGGCUGCUGGACGAGCCGCUGCAGGCUGGGCAUGCGAACUAUCCACAACAGGGCCCGGCGGACGGCGCAGACGCAUUCAGUCCCGAUUCCGCAGGCCUACAUCCACCAGACACUGGCUCUGGCGACUUUCCUCCCCCAAGAGCUCCUCCCCCAUUCCCGAGCCAUGAUGGUAAUAAUCACGGCCAGAAACGCUCAUCGCAGCCUCCGCCUGCAGCAGACCACCAGUCGGCGGUCCAUGACAUGCUGCCUGGGCCACUCUCUCCUCCGAAUAGCGUCCUGUCGCCGUCCCCACGCAACGGGAAGCGCACACGCAGCGAGCAGGAACACAAAGAGUCCGAGGAGGCGUCUCCAAAACGGCUGCGAACAACGGUGGACGAGAAGAGCACCGGCAAGCUCACCAACAUCCUUCCAGGCAUCCAGGACAGAUUCGACUCGUCUCCAGAUGCCGCAUCCAUGUCUAGGCGCGCCGACGUCUCCGGCUCAGAUGCUAGCGGUUCUGCUGCUUUCACCGUGCCAGAUGACAAGGGGAUCCAGCGUUGGCAGUGGGGCCCUCAGUGGAGGACUGAGGAGAUCGUGGCCCAUCGAAUGAAGAUUUUGUAUUGGUGGAUGACACCAGAAGGCGCGUUGGGCGGAAUUGGAGAGACUCGAGAAGGGAACGUGGUCCGAUCGUCUCCCAGCAAAGGGAACCAGCCUCUGCCGAGCCAAUUCUCCGUCUUCGUCCGUCCUACGAGCAUCCGCAUCCGCAUCCUCGCCGCCUCCCCCCACAGCGUGUAUGGGGACCUUCUCUCCAUCGGCAAUGUACGCAUGGCUACCCCAGCCCUAUACUCCUACUGCCGGAGGUAG